AUGAAUAUUGAAAUGACUUCGAUUAACGAUUACGUGUACACGCAAAAAAAAAAAUUAAAUUCUCAAUAUUCGUCUUAUAACAAUAUCGAUAACAGUGAUGAGUAUCAAUGUAAUAUCCCAGAAUCGUAUAAAAGAAUAACGAAUUGUCAUCAAUUUACAAAUCAAUUGUGUUAUAAAAUGAAAAUGGAAUUCGGACACGAAUUGCAAAAUCCUCACAAACCCCCCAGAAUGGAUUUUGAUUGGCCUGCAACCGAUCAAUUUACAAAAGUCGAUUGUUUGAGAGCAUUUAACAUAAUGAAACAAACGGUUUAUAAAGAAUUAUCGAAAUGCGAGGAAAUUACAAUGCAUGAUCCCUUAGGAUUAAGAAAAAAAUAUUAUUACGAACGUAGGCUUCAUUCACUCGAAAGGGAAAAAAUAAGGAGAUUAAAAAUAUACGAAAUAUUUAAUAAUAAUAAUAAUAAUAAUAAGUGUUAA